AUGUCUUCACGUCCGGAAUUGAAGGUUGACGAUGAAGGCGGAUUCAUUAAGCUCUUCAAAUCACUGCCAGCUAAAGAUGAUGAGACUAUUCGAAUAUUUGACCGCGGCGAUUGGUAUACCGCCCAUGGUGAAGAUGCUUCCUUUGUUGCCCGAACAGUGUACAAAACGACCUCGGUGUUGCGACAAUUGGGCAAAAAUGACUCGACCGGCCUUCCAUCAGUCACGAUGACUAUUACGGUCUACAGAAAUCUUCUAAGAGAGGUUCUAUUUCGUCUUGGAAAGAGAGUGGAAGUAUGGGGAACGACUGGCCGGAUGAACUGGAAGAUCACCAAACAAGCGUCACCAGGAAAUUUGCAGGACAUCGAGGAGGAGCUAGGUGGGCAGAUUGAUGGAGCUCCUAUUAUACUGGCAGUCAAAGUCUCGGCGAAAGCUUCGGAAGCUAGAAAUGUUGGGGUGUGCUUCGCAGAUGCCAGUGUCCGUGAACUGGGCGUUUCCGAAUUUCUGGACAACGACUUAUACUCGAAUUUCGAGUCUCUCCUUAUUCAACUGGGUGUGAAGGAAUGCAUAAUUCAGGUGGACAAGUCUGAGAAAGAUGUGGAGAUGACCAAACUCAAAACCAUCAUAGACAGCUGUGGAAUAGCUAUCUCGGAACGACCAGCAGCUGAUUUUGGUACAAAGGAUAUCGACCAGGAUCUAGCUAGGUUAUUGAAGGACGAGAAAGCUGCAGGAACUCUACCACAAACGGACUUGAAGCUUGCCAUGGGUUCUGCGGCUUCCUUGAUCAAGUAUCUGGGAGUGAUGCAUGACUCUUCAAACUUUGGCCAAUAUCAACUCUACCAGCACGAUCUUUCUCAAUUCAUGAAACUGGACGCCUCGGCCUUGAAGGCUUUGAAUUUGAUGCCUGGACCAAGAGACGGCGCCAAGACCAUGUCACUAUUUGGAUUACUUGACCACUGCAAAACCCCUGUUGGAAGACGUCUAUUGUCUCAGUGGCUCAAGCAACCCUUGAUGAGCAGGGAUGAAAUUGAAAAGCGACAACAGCUUGUGGAAGCAUUUGUUGAGGAUACAGAACUGAGACAAACCAUUCAAGAAGAGCACAUGCGCUCGAUCCCAGAUCUCUUCAGAUUGACGAAACGAUUCCAGAAGAAACUCGCAACUCUUGAGGAUGUCGUUAGAGCUUCUCAAGUUGUUCUGUCGUUGCCAGGCUUCAUCGGUGCUCUGGAAGGCGUCAUGGACGAGAAGUACCAGGGACCUUUGGAGGAGACUUACACUUCGAAGCUGAGGGAGUACUUGGAAAGUCUAGCUAAGUUACAGGAGAUGGUAGAGACAACCGUCGAUCUACAGGCUGCCGAAAAUCACGAAUACAUUAUCAAGCCAGAAUUCGACGAUGGGCUUCGGAUUAUCAGAAAGAAGCUCGACAAGAUGAAGGUUGAGAUGGAUCAGGAGCACAGAGCUGCCAGCAAGGAUCUUGGGCAGGAAAUGGACAAGAAACUGUUCCUGGAGAACCACAAACAACAUGGCUGGUGCUUGCGACUGACCAGAACUGAAGCCGGCUGUAUCCGCAACAAAAGGAACUACCAAGAAUGCUCAACACAGAAGAACGGAGUCUACUUCACGACACAGAAACUUCAAAGCAUUCGACGGGAGUUUGAUCAGCUUUCCGAAAACUACAACCGUACUCAAAGCAGUUUGGUUAAUGAGGUGGUCAGUGUGGCUGCUUCAUACUGCCCGGUUCUGGAGCUCCUGGCGAACGUCUUGGCUCAUAUGGACGUGAUCAUCAGCUUUGCUCAUUGCUCUGUACAUGCGCCGACCUCGUAUGUUCGACCAAAAAUACAUCCACGAGGUGAAGGGAAUACCGUGUUGGUGGGGGCUCGGCACCCGUGUAUGGAGAUGCAAGAUGACAUUCAGUUCAUCACAAACGAUGUUACGCUGAAGAGAGGAGAGUCCGAGUUCUUGAUAAUUACGGGUCCAAACAUGGGCGGAAAAUCUACAUACAUCCGUCAGAUAGGUGUAAUAGCGCUAAUGGCUCAAAUCGGAUGCUUCGUUCCCUGCGACGAGGCUGAGCUCACAAUAUUCGAUUGCAUCCUAGCCCGCGUUGGAGCCAGCGACUCCCAACUCAAAGGCGUCUCGACAUUCAUGGCCGAAAUGCUCGAGACAGCCAAUAUCCUCAAAUCCGCGACCUCCGAGUCCCUCAUCAUCAUCGACGAACUGGGGCGCGGUACCAGCACAUAUGAUGGUUUCGGACUGGCGUGGGCAAUCUCUGAGCACAUCGUUAAGGAAAUCGGAUGUUUCUCCAUGUUUGCUACGCAUUUCCAUGAGCUGACUGCACUCGUGGAGCAGUAUCCCCAAGUACAUAAUUUGCAUGUUGUUGCGCAUAUUGACGACAACGGCAAAGCAAAGAGAGAAGUUACACUGUUGUACAAGGUGGAGGAGGGGGUCUGCGAUCAGAGUUUCGGUAUCCACGUUGCUGAGCUUGUGCGCUUCCCAGAGAAGGUGGUUAACAUGGCGAAGAGGAAGGCGGAUGAGCUAGAGGACUUCACAAGCAAGCAUGAGGGACAGGCUAUUACGUACGGCAAGGAAGAUGUAGAAGAGGGCAGUGCGCUGCUGAAGGAUGUGCUUAUGAAGUGGAAGCAGGAAUGCGAGGGUAAGAGCUUGAGCAAGGAGGAGAAGAUUGGCAAGAUGCGGGAUUUGGUGAAGGGAGAUGAGAGGCUCUUGACAAACCCUUUCUUCCAGAGUAUCAAGGCUUUGUAG